AUCCCACCCAAUUGCAAACACUUUCAAAAUACAAAACUCCAUCAUACACACUCCUGUUCUAUCACCAGUCUCAGAAAUGGCGAAAAAAACCCUAGAAUCUAACCCUAAGAGAAAGGCCGAAAUAGAGCAUGUUGACCUAACCGGAGACGAAGUUCUCAGCUCCCUCACCACAAAGAAGAAGAAAAUCGACACCACCGGUUCAAACAAAAAGCCUAAACCGACCAAAAAACCGGAGAAUUCGAACAAAGUUGCGAAGACGAACAAAAAAACCGGAGAUUCGAGCCGGAAAGUCGAUGCAUCGAACAGAACUGCUAAGACGAGCAAGAAAACCGGAGAUUCGAGCCGGAAAGUAGAUGAAUCAAAGAAGAAAGAGAAGGCGGCGAAAAAACCGGAGAAGAAAGUGAAAUUCGAGAGUCCGGUGAAAACAUCUGGUAAAAAAGAAGAGGCGGAGGAGAAAAAAGUGAAGAAAAGUAAGCCGAAGAAGGAGGAGGUUGUAGAGGAGGAAGGGAAUGGUCCGCUGUAUGCUUUUCCGAUGAAUCGUGUAACUCGGAUUGUUAAGAGUGAGAGUUCUGAUGUGAAGCUGUCUGCAGAGGCUGCUUUUCUGUUCAACAAAGCUUCGGAGAAGUUUCUUGAGCUAUUCUCUAAGGAGGCUUAUUCUUGUGCUUUUAAGGACGGGAAGAAAAAAAUUGAGUAUCAACACCUAUCUUCACUAGUUCCUGAAAGCAAAAGAUUUGACUUCCUUGCAGAUUUCGUUCCUCCCAAAGUCAAGGUUGCAGAUGCCUUGAAAGAGAGUCGAUCAUGAGACUUAGCUAUGCUGGAACCGGGAUGACAAGAUGCUGAAAGCUUCAGAUGAUGUUGUAGCCUGGUUAAAAAUCUGUUUGCCUUGAGACAAUGUUUCACCCUGCAUCCAGAAGCCUGAGUAGCCAGCAGCCAGCUCUUGCAUUUUUGCUGGCUCUAUAGGUUCUCCUGUUUGAUGAUGUAGCCUAGUUUGUGUUUUUGCUCAUUAGACUAUAGCUAUACAUGCUGCUGCUGUUUCUUUUUAUUUUAUAAAAAUCUUUCAAACUAAUUUUUCAUAUUAAAAUUGAAAGUAUAUCAUAUUUAUACUAGUUAA